CCACUCCCAGCCUUCUCCCCACACAGGGCCUGGAGGUGGGUGCCCAGGCAUCCGUCAGGCCUCAGGCAGGCCCAUCUCCCCCGCCCCCAGGUGACGUCUGGAGUCCAGUAUGCUGGCAGCUUGGGCUCCAGGACUGUGGCUGAUCAGCCUCUGGGUCACCUGUGGCAGUCGAGGAGCGGAGACUGGUGAACAAUGCCCCACCCUGCAAGAAGAGGGAUUAAGGCUAGAGACUAGUGGUGACUCCCCAACCAACAUGACAGGUUUCAAUCUCAUUAAGAGGUUUGCCCUCAUGAAGGUCUCCGCCAUCAAGAGGAUUCGGAACCCCAAAGGGCCCUUCAUUCUGCGGCUGGGGAAUACCCAGAUUGCUCUCCCCACAGCUCAGGUGUUCCCUGGGGGUCUCCCUGACCAGUUUGCAAUAGUGCUGACUCUUCUGCUGAAGAAACAGACAAGCAAAGACACUUGGUAUUUACUACAAGUGACUGAUAAGGAUGGGUACCCACAGAUCUCCUUGGAGGUCAACGGUCAUGACAAGAGCCUGGAGUUCCGGGCCCGUGGCUUGGACGGAGACUUUGUGUCCUGUAUCUUCCCCAUGGAGCAGAUCUUUGACCUGCAUUGGCACAAGUUGGUGUUGAGUGUGACUGGGCGUGUGGUCUCAGUCCAUGUGGACUGCGCCUCUGUCUCCUCCCAACCUUUGGGUCCCCGGCAUGCUGUGCUUCCUGAGGGCCAUGUCCUCUUGGGUGUGGAUGCUGAGCAAGGCAAGCCUGUCUCUUUUGAUUUACAGCAGGCCCACAUCUACUGUGACCCUUCCCUGGUGAUGGAGGAAGGAUGCUGUGAGGUCUCACCGGAUGGGUGCCCUCAGGAGGCCUCCAAGGCCCGACGGGACACCCAGAACAACGAACUCAUCGAGAUCAGUCCACAGGCAGAGGGCAAGGUCUACACUCGAUGCUUCUGCCUAGAGGAGCCACAGGGCAGCAAGGUGAAUGCUCAGCUCUCAGGAAAUGCUGGAGUAAAGAAAGAGAAAGGAAACAAGGACUCUUCCUGGUUAGAGAAGACUAUGCCAGCGGAUGAGUGCCCACCCUGUGCCAGUCAUGCCAUGGAAAACAACGUUACGCUGGGUCCUCCUGGACUCAAGGGUGGGAAAGGUGAACGGGGUCUACCUGGCUCUGAAGGACCCAAGGGAGAGAAAGGAGCUCGGGGUUCUGACUGUGUCCGCACCUCCCCAGAGGCCCCUCUCCAGUGUGCUGAAGGUCCCAAAGGUGAAAAAGGAGAUCGAGGAGAUUCGGGGCCCACUGGAAUUACCGGAUCGACUGGGCAGAAGGGCCAGAAGGGAGAAAGAGGAGACGCAGGCUUCAAGGGUUCCGCGGGGAAGCCCGGCCGAGAUGGCCGGCCUGGAGAGAUCUGUGUCAUUGGGCCCAAAGGGCAGAAGGGUGACCCUGGCUUUGUUGGACCAGAGGGACUGGCUGGAGAGCCAGGGCCCCCAGGACUUCCAGGACCCCCUGGGAUUGGACUGCCAGGAAUACCUGGGGACCCUGGUGGCCCAGCUGGUCCAAAAGGAGACAAGGGGAGCUCUGGGUCUCCAGGGAAGGAUGGUCCAGGGGGAAAGCCUGGGAAACCAGGGAUACCAGGGCUGAAAGGAGAAAAGGGUGACCCCUGUGAAGUGUGUCCCACCCUGCCUGAAGGGUUCCAGAACUUUGUGGGACUGCCAGGAAAACCGGGCCCAAAGGGGGAGCCAGGAGUGCCCGGCCUGCUCCAGGAUUACCUGGGCAGCGCUAUGGGGCGGAAGGGCGACCGGGGAGAACCCGGCAUUGGUGGAAUGAAAGGUGAAAAGGGGGAGCCAUGUCUGUCCUGCAGCCCAGGUGUAGAGGCUCAGAAGUUGGGGACCAAGGGAGACAUAAUCUUCCCAGGGCUGCCUGGCCCCCCGGGAAAAGCCGGGGCACCAGGCCCAACAGGAAAGAAGGGAGAGAAGGGUAAUUUUGGUGAGAUGGGGCCAGCUGGCCAACCGGGGACUCCUGGGGCCAUGGGACCAGCUGGCAUUAAAGGGGAGAAGGGGGAGCCAUGUGAGCAGUGCCCUUCCACGUCAGAGACUUAUAACGGGGCCCUCCCUGGAGCCCCUGGGGAGAGAGGGGAACCAGGACAACCUGGGAGUGGCCAGCCUGGGAAGCCGGGUAAAGCAGGAGAACCUGGAUUGAAAGGACAGAAGGGUGAUGCAGGGAACCCAGGAGACCCUGGGAAUCCAGGCAUCGAGGGACAGCCAGGGCUGUCAGGACAACCCGGGAUCAGGGGUCGCCCAGGGCCCAAAGGAGAAAAAGGAGAUGCCUGCGAUGCCUGCCCCACACUGCCAGGAGAGUUUGCAGACGUCGUCAGAAUUCCUGGGAAACCUGGUGCCAAGGGAGACCAGGGCCCUGAGGGCGUGGGCCGGCCUGGCAAACCCGGACAGCCUGGCCUGCCUGGUGUGCAAGGUCCCCCCGGGCUGAAAGGUUUGCAGGGUGAGCCAGGGCCUCCAGGGCUGUCGGUCCAAGGUCCUCCGGGAGAGACUGGCGAUCGGGGUUUGCCCGGCACCAUGGGACCUCCAGGACCUCGGGGACCACCUGGCUAUGCUGGUGAGAAAGGUGCCAAGGGCUCUUCUGGGGUGAAAGGCGACAUCGGACCCCCAGGACUCACAGGCCUCAGUGUCACUGGCCCCCCGGGCCGAGAUGGGCCUCGAGGGCAGCCAGGCCUGCCAGGAACUAGCGGGAUGCCGGGGGAAAAAGGAGCCCGUGGUGAAAAGGGUGAUCCAGGGGAGUGCUCCUGCCCCCCCGGUUCCCGAGGAGAACCCAUCUUUUCUGGCAUGCCGGGUGCUCCAGGACUUUGGAUCGGCAGCUCUUGGCAGCCGGGCCCUCAGGGUCCCCCAGGAGUCCCUGGACCUCCAGGACCCCCUGGAAUGCCUGGACGGCAGGGAAUACCUGGCCACAAUGGUCUGCCGGGACUGCCUGGGCCAGCUGGAGAUUUGGGACCCCUAUCUGCAGAGGCUGAAAAACAUAUUCUGAAGAACAUCUGUGGGGACUGUGCACUGGCUCAGACAAGCCUUUCAACCCCGAGCCUAUUGAAAGGAGAGAAGGGUGACCAGGGAACCCCUGGUGUUCCAGGCCUUGAUGACUGCGCUCGGUGCUUCCUAGAACGCGAUCGCCCCCGAGCCGAGGAGGCCCAAGGAAACGGAGAGGGGGACCCAGGAUGUGUUGGGAGCCCAGGCCAGCCUGGCCCUCCAGGACUGCCAGGACAGAGAGGAGAAGAGGGUCCACCUGGUAUGAGAGGCUCCCCUGGGCUCCCAGGGCCUGUUGGCCCCCCAGGUUUUCCUGGCGCUGUUGGUUCCCCCGGAUUGCCUGGUCUCCAGGGAGAACGUGGUCUCACAGGGCUGACAGGAGACAAGGGGGAGCCGGGCCCACCAGGACAACCAGGCUACCCAGGUGCCAUGGGACCUCCAGGACUUCCUGGCAUCAAGGGAGAGCGUGGCUACACAGGUCCUGCUGGAGAGAAGGGAGAGUCGGGUCCACCAGGAGCUGAAGGUCUCCCAGGCCCCAUGGGCCCUGCAGGUCCCCGAGGAGAAAGAGGUGCCCAAGGUGGUGCUGGUGAGAAGGGAGACCAGGGAUUUCAGGGACAGCCAGGAUUCCCAGGCCCACCGGGGCCCCCAGGAUUCCCAGGCAAAGCAGGACCAGCUGGCCCACCUGGCCCCCCAGCUGAGAAGGGAAGCGAAGGCAUUCGAGGACCAUCAGGCAUGCCGGGCCCCCCAGGACCUCCCGGACCCCCUGGCAUACAGGGUCCUGCCGGCCUCGAGGGGCUAGAUGGGAAGGAUGGAAAGCCUGGUUUGAGGGGGGACCCUGGCCCUCCUGGACCCCCAGGACUCAUGGGAAUCCCGGGCUUCAAGGGAAAAACAGGACAUCCAGGCCUCCCUGGGCCCAAGGGUGACUGUGGUAAGCCAGGCCCUCCUGGCAGCAGUGGACGGCCAGGAGCUGAGGGUGAUCCUGGCCCUAUGGGACCCCAGGGAAGACCGGGCCCACCUGGCCAUGCGGGUCCCCCUGGAUCUCCUGGCCAGCCUGGGCCUUCUGGGAUCAGUGGAAUUGGACUAAAAGGAGAUCGGGGAGCCCCAGGAGAAAGGGGUCUUGCAGGUCUUCCAGGUGAACCUGGAGCGCCUGGGCACCCUGGACCCACAGGUGAGCCUGGCGCCGAUGGAGCAACUGGCAAAGAGGGACCUCCUGGAAAACCAGGACCUUAUGGCCUUGUUGGCCCAAAGGGUGACCCUGGAUCUGCAGGACAGAAGGGCGAGGCUGGAGAGAAGGGAAGAGCUGGCAUGCCGGGAGGACCUGGCAAGAGUGGCUCCAUGGGCCCUAUUGGUCCACCAGGACCUUCUGGUGAGAGAGGCCACCCGGGUUCUCCAGGGCCUGCUGGGUCCCCAGGGAUGCCAGGACUGCCUGGAACAAUGGCAGAUUCGGUGAAUUAUGAUGAAAUCAAGAGAUUCAUCAGACAGGAGAUCAUCAAAAUGUUUGAUGAGAGGAUGGCUUACUACACAUCCAGAAUGCAGUUCCCUGUGGAGAUGGCAGCAGCCCCUGGCAGACCAGGCCCCCCAGGAAAGGAUGGCUCUCCAGGCCGACCAGGCUCUCCAGGCUCACCUGGGCUUCCGGGACAGAUCGGCAGAGAAGGCCGCCAGGGCUUGCCAGGGAUGAGAGGUUUGCCCGGUACCAAAGGUGAAAAAGGAGACAUUGGCAUUGGCAUUGCUGGAGAAAGCGGGCUCCCUGGGCCUCCAGGUCCCCAAGGACCCCCAGGGUAUGGAAAGCUGGGCCCGACUGGGCCCAUGGGUCAGCAGGGGAUCCCUGGCAUCCCUGGCCCCCCGGGCCCCACAGGACAGCCUGGAAAGGCCGGACACUGUAACCCUUCAGAUUGCUUCAGUGCUAUGCCAAUGGAGCAGCAGUAUCCACCAGUGAAAAGCAUGAAGGGGCCAUUUGGUUGAAGCCACGCGCUGACCAUUGGCAUUAAGGACUCUGUUGGGACAGCCAAAGCUCUGUGGUCCUUCUGACUGGUUGUGAAUGAUUUUUAAAAUUGCUGUUGAUAUUUUUUUAAAGAAAACACCUCCUCCAAAACACACAC